ACUCGCACUCAAUUCAAACUAUAGGAACAGCUUAGACUACAUGACAGACUGGACAGAGUUGUUUUGGAUCCACUGCAUGAGCACUGCGCUCGCUUGCUCUGUAGUCUUGUGAUUUAGGGCUGCACGUUUAAAGAGUAUUUAUGGUAAUAUGCUGGCUCAGUUUGUUUCUGUAGAGUGAUGGCAGGACUUUCACUGUGUUCUUGGAGUUAGUGCAUGUGUAGUAACUUCUCUGUACCCGGCUGAUUACUCACAUCUGACUCUUAACAAUGAUCGCUGAAGGUCACGUUUUAGUGCGACGCACUUAUCCAAAUAUUGUGCAUCUGUUCUUUUGCGACCGUGACUUGAUUUACAGAUAACUUUAUAUCUUACGUUGCCAAACCGAGACUGAGAAACAGCAGGGAUGAUAUUUAGCCAUGUGUUUUGACCGGUAGAGUAGUUUUAGUCCACUUUAAAGGCGAGACAAACCGGACUAUGACUUGGUCAAAACUUUGCUCUGCGCUCCUGCGGAUGAUCCAGUGAAAAGUGUCAAAUCAUAUGUAGUUUAUUUGCUGGAAGAUGUUAGGAAGUCCGUCAAACAACGGCGGCAUCAGAAUGCUGGUGCCCCCGGCUCCGAACGACGACAGGCGGGUAGAGUUCGUGGCUCUCACCGCUGUCCACACGGAGAGAAGCGAGCCGUCCAGCCCGGAGCGAGGACACCCGUCUCACCGCACAGGUCUGCUGGGCACCCCGCUGCCCGGGCCGCCGGGACCCCGGGCCAACUCGUCCGCUUCAAGUAAACGCUUCAGAAAACUGCAAAACUGCCUGUACAACGUGCUGGAAAGACCAAGAGGAUGGGCAUUCAUCUACCAUGCAUUCAUUUUCCUGCUGGUGUUCAGCUGCUUGGUGCUGUCUGUGUUCUCCACCAUCCGCGAGCACCAGAAGUUCGCCAACCAAGGUCUCUUCAUCCUGGAGUUUGUGAUGAUCGUGGUGUUUGGGUUGGAGUACUUCAUCAGGAUCUGGGCGGCUGGCUGCUGCUGCAGAUACCGUGGAUGGCAGGGGCGGCUGAGAUUUGCCAGGAAACCCUUCUGUGUCAUAGACUUCAUAGUAUUUGUGGCAUCACUGGCGGUGAUAGCAGCUGGAACGCAGGGAAACAUCUUCGCCACGUCAGCCCUGCGCAGCAUGCGCUUCCUGCAGAUCUUGCGUAUGGUUCGUAUGGACCGCCGGGGAGGCACCUGGAAACUACUGGGCUCAGUGGUUUACGCUCACAGCAAGGAGUUGAUUACAGCCUGGUACAUAGGUUUCCUGGUCCUGAUCUUUGCCUCCUUCCUCGUCUACCUGGCAGAGAAAGACGUCAACGUAGAAUUCAACACCUAUGCAGACUCCCUCUGGUGGGGGACUAUAACUCUAACAACGAUUGGCUACGGUGAUAAGACCCCUCGUACCUGGCAAGGACGGCUCCUGGCUGCCGGCUUCGCUCUUCUGGGAGUCUCCUUCUUUGCCCUUCCUGCUGGAAUUCUAGGGUCGGGCUUUGCCUUGAAGGUACAAGAGCAGCACCGGCAGAAGCACUUUGAGAAGAGGAGGAUGCCUGCUGCCAACCUGAUACAGGCUGCAUGGCGUCUCUACUCUACAGAUGCUAAACACUCUUACCUGACUGCUACAUGGUACUUCUAUGACAGCAUGUUACCUUCGUUCAGCAGUAAAAUGGGCUUCCGGGAUCGGAUCAGGAUGAACAAUUCCAGAUCAUCCCAAUCUAUUAGAAACAAGGCGUCCCCGCUGCCCCCGGGCUCCGGGGUCCGCCGCUCUCCCAGCCAGGAGAACGUCCCCGAGGCUACCAGCCCGGGGAAGGUCCAGAAGAGCUGGAGCUUUAACGACCGCACACGCUUUCGCACAUCCCUUCGCCUCAAACCACGUCCACCUGUUGAUGUGGAGGGGGUCGGGGAGGACAGUGUGGAAGACAAGCCAUAUUGUGACGUGGCCAUGGAGGAGGUUAUCCCAGCAGUGAAGACACUAAUACGGGCUGUCAGGAUCUUAAAGUUCCUUGUGGCCAAGAGGAAGUUUAAAGAGACGCUGCGCCCGUAUGAUGUGAAGGACGUUAUAGAGCAGUACUCAGCGGGACACCUGGAUAUGCUGGGCCGAAUCAAGAGCCUGCAGAUGCGGGUGGACCAGAUAAUUGGGCGAGGAGCCGUUCAGCCUGAUAAAAAAGCGCGCCCUGAAAAGGGAGAGAAGACCCCACCAGAACUGGACCCACUGGACGAGCUAAGCAUGAUGGGACGUGUAGUCAAAGUGGAGAAACAGGUUCAGUCGAUAGAGAACAAGCUGGACCUCCUGCUCAACUUCUACUCCCAGUGCCUAAAGAAAGGCUCGUCUCACUUUACCCUGUCCUCCCUCCUGGACCCCGACCUGACGUCUGACUACCACAGCCCCACGGACCAAAGAGACCUCUUCCCCUCCGCUAACACACUCAACAUCUCUGAGAGCGGCAACUUGGAAUGACAAUGAGCCGAGCAGUCUCUGGGCUGUUCGAAACACAGACACGAAACCCUUUACAGUACAGUACGUCUUCCUGCGGCUGAGUCCUCACUGCGAGCAGCCCGACCUUAACGCCAUCAAUCAUUUCAUAUCUGUCCGGGAUGAUUUUUACCCUUCCAUCUGAGAUCUGCAUCCUCACCUCUUUCUUCCCUCAGUGAAUUUGUUCCCAGAGCUCAUACAGACAAAAGGCCACCAGAUGGCUCCACCUGACAGGGAGCCUCAGCCAAAGCUGCUCACCGCACACGCCUCUCAAUCCACUAGAUGAGGAUGGAGACGAAGAGAGGACACGUGAACUAUGACUUGACUACUGAACCACUUUCACCCACUCACCUCAUGCUAUAUAUCUAUGCGUCCUUUAAAGCUUCAAACUGUAGAUAUUCAGACUCAAAAUUUUUGUAAAUCUUUGGAGAAAUCUUGUCUUUUUUUCUCCUUCCCCGUCAUCGUCAUUUCUUUUUUUCUUGGCUGCUUGAAUCUUGAGAGUUUGCUGACUCAGUUGACAUAAACAGUGCUGCAAGUGCCACGCCAGUCAUUUUUUCUGUACCUUAGUGUGGAUGUGAUGAUGAAUGUAAUGGAUCCUACCGGCAAAUUUCACACCACUAGACAAACGGUUAACACAGAAAUAAUCAGCUCCCUCGGACCUGGCCAAAGCACCACGGUACACCUUCCCACCCAAACAAGGGAGUUUUAAAUGUAUAAAUCCUGCUUUAAUUGCCCAAACAUCACAUGAAACCAGAGCUGGAAGAAUGUGUUGGAGUGACUGAUGUGAACUGUACGUUGUUUUCAUCUCCAUUCCCUCUCUCAGAUGUUCUGUCUCCAUCGAGCCCACUUGCAAAAACACCCAAGAUGUUAUUCCCCGUUUGGCUGGCAUUCAAGUGAGGAAUGUGCCUACUUGUUUUGGAUUUAAUAGAGCCAAAAUAUCAUCCAAAAUCCCUUCUUUGCAAUGUUUCAAAGGUAUCUCCUUGAGUAAUUCGAUAUCUUUGUGUUUUUAACCCUUUAAACCUCUCUGUCUUGCAGCCCAGCCCCCCUCAGUCAUGCAUGUUACUGUAGAUAAAACCUCACCGGUCCUCAGUCACAACUUAUGUCAUGUUUUUCUGCACUGCUCAUCACUCAUCACUAACAUCUAGCCUCAGGUCAGGUUUACCGUGUCAGUAAUACUCCACCACCUUUCUUACAGGAGGACAGUUCUCACUCUUACACUCAUCAGAUGGCAUGUGAUCUUGCAGCCAGCAGCUGUGGAGAUGAUGUAGAAACUUUUUUGGCCAGUUUUAAACAAUGAGCAACCUGUAAGGCGUCCAGGUCUAACGCAUGAAUUUAAGGCCGUUAUCCUCAUGAAUGCACGUGUCUUAGGAAAUGGUUCGAGCCUUACAGCUUCACUACAGACAGACAGACUGACUGACAGGGUGCACCAACAGGUGUUUCUAGCCGUGUUUCCAUUCAAUUGUGAGGCGGAUUUUAAGCGUACUUUUGAAAUGUCUCUAAAAAGAAAACCAGGCCAAUUUCAAUCAACUGGUUUGGAGUAAAUAAACUAGGAUACAGUGCAGUUUCAUAAGACGUUGUCCAAUAGGGUACAUGGCUGUAAUCCACCAGUAAACAGAGAAGCCGGUGCAAACAGGUGCAGGUACAGCAGGUGCACGGUGCUACAGGACAUGCCCACUCCAUCAAACACCCUUUAAUCAGUCAUAGUUUUGUAAGGUUUAGGCACCAAAACUACUUUGUUAGGUUAAGGAAAAAAAAUAAUGGUUUGUAUUAAAUUAAGUAUGUAGUACCAGUUUUCUCAGGGGGCGUGUUGUGUAGCCUGCAAGACUGCAGUUAUAACCCUUUUAUCUUACCCAUUUAUGAGAGAAAAAUAGAGAGAGGUCUCCAGGAUUUGGUGCGAUUGGGCAAGUUUUAAUUGUUCUUUCAUGUCAGCUAGUACUGGCCAUGUUUAUUGUGUUUCGGAGAAAGAAAAAAAAUAUUUUUUCUAGGAAAAGGCUGACAAGCCAGCUGUUCAGUCAUUUAAGCUAAAUGCUUUCUAUGGCAGAACUUAUUUGGAAAAAUCACAAAAAACACCUUGAGCAAGCAUAAAAUGUUUUCAGUUUUUUUAAAUGUGAUACUUAAAAUGCACAUAAAAGUAUGUGAAUGGAAACAUGGCUACAGACUAUCGUUGUCUGUCCACUUUACUCUCUUCUGUCUUUUUUGGUUCUUUCUUGAAGAUGUUUGAUGCACAGACAGCACUGUGCUCGUGGACAAAACUGGAGAGUGCACAAAUGCAAACACACAGAUACACACACACACACGCACACACACACACACACACACACACAAAAGCAUUUCCUUUUCUUAAAUACUUUGGCACUUGAUAAAUAUAACACCUUUUUGUCUUUUUAUCUUUGUGUUUUGAUUUCUCUACUGUAAUUAUGUUCAUGCACUCGAUUUUGUUUAACCCAUAAUGGCAAAAUUCUAUGUUUUUUUAAAUGAUUUUGGUUGUUACAGUAAAGUGAAUGUAGGAUUUAAGUUAAUAUAUUUAAUUCAGUUAGAUAUGAUCUUUAAAAUAAAUGUAGCAUUUUUGUCAAGUCUAAUCAUGGAUGACACAACUGUAGCUACACACAGCUGAUCAGGUUCACACUCGCAGAGCUCAUAUGUAUAUUUUUUUAACGUCAUCAGAUAAUUGCUGCCAGCUUCGACUACAAGGAAAACAUUCACCGUACAGUAUUUGGCCAGUGAAAACAUUUCUUCUGUCCCUGCAAGUGACUCAUUCAUUUGUUCAGUCAAACCAGUCGACUCAGGUGCUCCACUUUUCCAUUCAAAGCUUCACACAGUGAAUGUACCUCAGUGGUCGGUCUACUUAUGAUCUGAUGCCAUGAGAAAUAAACUGGCACUUCAGAGCUUGCUGUUUUGCAUUAAUUUCACAGAGAAAUGCCAGGAAGCUUCAUUCUUUGGCCUAAACUAUAGCAGAGACUUAUUAGAGGCAUUAUUAGACUGAACAGUGUUGUCACGUCACCUGGAAUGUUGAGCUUUGUGAAAAUGUGAGACCCCUGUAUUGCAUGUUGUUGUUAGUGGUGGACCCAGUAUUAGAAGAAAAAAGUCCUGAGGCAAGACAUGAAAGGAAAUGACCUGUGCCUUCUAUGUCCUCAUUCUGUAACUGAUAUUAUGUCUCAAACCUAUAAAAUAUUAAUGCUGCUUUGAAGAGAAGUGUUUCAUAGUGGCAUCAAAUGAGGAGCCAUGCUCUUUUCUCUUUUGUUUUUUUGAAAGAAACACCAUUAAAAUUGUUCUGAAUAUUUAA